AAUUUCUGUUAAUUGGAAUUGGACCUUUACAGUUAGUAUAUAAGGAAACCGAGAUGCAUUUGUAACUCAAAAUUGAUUUCAAAGACAGUCAGUAAUAAUAAACAUAAAAAAAUAAAUAUGAAAUUCUUUGCUUUUUUACUUUUGACUGUUUUGGCUGUUGCCACUGUCUCUGCUAAUCGAAAAUGUGAACCUGGUUCAUCAUUUAUGAUAAAAUGUAAUUUCUGCUUUUGUUCUGAUGAUGGAACUCAAAUAGCAUGUACCAAAAUGCUUUGCCCACCAAGUCCUACGUCACCAUGGGGUCCACUUUAUAUCCCUGGAACACCUUGUCCAGCUCAAGUUUUCUACAGUGAAUGCAAUCAAUGUAUUUGCGGUGAAGAUGGAAAAUCUGCAGCUUGUACUUUGAUGCUAUGUGACGCUUUUCAACCAUAGAUAAAUUAUCAUAUAUAAAUAAUUACGAAUAUUCAUACUAAAUUUCAAGUUCGAAAAAAAACAAAAAAUUAUAUACAUAUAUGUAAUGCAAAAAAGUUAAUAGUGAUAAAUAAAAAAAUAAUCAAAGUUUA